AUGGAGGGUCAGAACGAAUUUGGUGUGGCGCCUAGAGAUCUCUCUUACCUUGCAAAGGGCAAGAGAACCAAAAGACAGAGGCCUCAAUCUCCAAUUUCAAUCCCCAUCACUGCACAUGAUCCAUCAAGCAAAGAUCAUUGGAACCAUCAUAAUUCGAGCUCUUCAGCCGAGAGCACCACCACGGAAGAGGAGGACACCGCCAAAUGCUUAAUUCUCUUGGCUCAAGGUUAUCACUUUUCAUCAAAGAAAGUUGAUCGUGAUGAUGAUGAUGAUGAUCAAGAUUUCAAAUUCAAUAGCAAAAAGAACAUAGAACCAGGCACAUAUGUCUAUGAAUGCAAGACGUGUAACCGAACUUUUCCUUCAUUUCAAGCACUUGGAGGCCAUAGGGCAAGCCACAAGAAGCCUAAAAACGCAACAACAUUGUUUUUGUCCGAUGAAAAUGAAGAUCGUGAUCAUGUCUCUGUCAGACAAAAAAACAGUUUGUCUUCUUCUCUAUCUCUUCAAUUGACCAAUCCCACAAACAAGUCUUCCUCUUCAAGGAAGGUUCACGGGUGCUCCUAUUGCGGGGCGGAGUUCAUGUCUGGACAGGCCUUGGGAGGCCACAUGAGACGACACCGCGGAGGGCCAGUCGCAACAAAUACAACGUUGUCAUUGAGUUCACCUAGUCCAGCUUCAUUCGUCAAUCGAGAGUCUGAUAAAUUAUCAGAGAAGCCAAGAAAUGGUUUGUCUUUGGAUCUCAACCUUCCGGCCCCAGAAGAUGACCCUAAUCAUACAUUUACAUUUAACUCAAAGAAACAGCAACAACAAAAAGAAGGAGGCCUUGCUUUGCACACUCCUCCAGCAUUGGUUGACUGUCAUUAUUGA